AUGUCGCAGUACUCAGAGAACCCUCCCCAUUAUCAGCAGCCAGCUCAGACGCCGCUGAACACUACCUCCCAGUUGAAUUAUCAAGGUGCCCCACAAGCGCCAGGCUACACACCAAAUCAGGGACCUCCACCAGUGUCACAUCAUUACCCACAGUACCAACCACCCAUCCAACACCAAAACACAGACACCCAGCAGUACCCAUAUACACCGCCAAGUCCUAGUCAAUCCGAAGGCGCGGAAGAGGAAGAGAUUAUAAGACGAUCACUUCCUGAUCCACCAGCCGAAGUUCGCACACAACAUGGCAGAACAUACGCCCUCGAUGUGGUCCAGCAGCCACUUAGAGCUCGUAUGUGCGGAUUUGGGGACAAGGAUCGAAGACCUAUCUCGACAGCACCAAUCGUUAGAGCAGUGAUUAGGGAUGCACAGACCGGGGAGGAAAUUGAUUACAAGAAUGCUGGUCUGGAGGUGUCGCAGUACGUGUGCUUCGCCUGGAUUUAUGACAUACAUGCACGAGAUGAGAGGUGUAGUGUCAAAACUGCACCAGGUCAGGCCAUCAUCAGUACCUCUAUGACUUGUGGAUAUCCCACCACAGUCAUGUCACAAAGUCCUGCUCGAGUCGCCCCGCGAGUUCUUGAGAACGACCCGGCACAUCAGAUUCGUCCUCCAUACGCAGGUCACAACGCUUUGCCGAGCGGUCACUACAUGCAGAACGGACAGAGUCCUUUUGUACAUGGUACACGACCAAACAGUGGCAUGUUUCCACCAAUUCUCAAUCCGCCUCCCCAAAUCGCGGGCAUACAGUACGGAUUCCAGCCCGCGCCAACUCCGUAUGGAGUAGCUCCCACUCAAGCACCACUACCGCCACCGAAUGUUCGAAUGCCUCCUGGUCCUGCUCCGCCACCAACUCCUCCUCCCAACCGGCAUGAAGAUCUAGGUCAGCGCUACUCACAGAAUCUGAUUGGAAAUUUCGUGCAGACUGGCCAAUUGUUGGAGGACCUUGAUGGUAAGACAGGCAUUUUCUUCAUCUUCUCCGAUUUGUCUGUUCGUAAUGAGGAGUGGUUCAGGCUAAAGUUUGGCCUCCUAAAUGUUGGGUUGAAGACAGAUGAUAUGAGCCACGAGGAGGUCUUUCGCCUCGCCGAACAACACAAUACCGCUCCCUCGGCAGGCCCAAACCUUGAAGCAGCUAAAAAUGGUACCAGGAGGCUCGAGGGACUUACUGCAGGUCUGCUCGAGCAGAAGCCACCCUACCUAGCGACCCGAUUCUCUCAGGCUUUCAAGGUUUAUAGUGCAAAGAAGUUCCCUGGUGUUGCAGAGAGCACAGAGUUAAGCCGGAAAUUUGCCGAUCAGGGCGUGAAGAUAUCAGUUCGCAAAGAAGGCACGAAGGAGGGGAAGAGAAAGCGCGGCGACAAUAGUGGCGAUGAGGAUGACCGUGACGACUAG